AUGGAUGCUGCCUUCGAUUCCAGUUCACCUGUGUCCACGGGAACUACCAUCAUUGGGGUUACCUACAAUGGCGGAGUUGUGCUCGGAGCAGAUUCACGUACCAGCACUGGUAUGUAUGUUGCUAAUAGGGCAUCCGACAAAAUUACGCAGCUAACAGAUAACGUGUUCAUAUGCCGCUCUGGAUCGGCAGCUGAUACACAGAUUAUUUCAGAUUAUAACAUGCUACAAGCUGGAAUGAUAGUUGGUGGAUGGGACAAAUAUGAAGAGGGGAAGAUCUAUGGUUUACCACUUGGAGGAACACUAAUUGAACAACCUUUCAGUGUUGGAGGUUCGGGGUCCACAUACUUGUACGGUUUUUUUGACAAAGAAUGGAAGGAAGGAAUGACUCAACAAGAAGCUGAGGAAUUGGUUGUCAAAGCAGUCUCUCUUGCCAUUACUAGAGAUGGUGCCGGUGGUGGAGUAGUCCGGACUGUGACUAUUAACUCUGAAGGGGCAUCAAGAAAAUUCUACCCCUGUGACUCUCUUCCUCUGUGGCAUGAAGAAUUGGAACCACAGAACUCGCUGCUGGAUAUUUUGGCAUCUGCACCGCAGCCAAUGAUUGGUUGA